GGGCUACACGAGGCUGCGGACGGAUUUAAUGACGGGUGACUCUCUUGGGGCACUGCUAGUCAUCGCGUAUCAUGGCCUUCCAGAAUGGCCUCCGAUUCGGCUUUCACCGGGACUGGAGGAAGUUUGCUACCAAGCCAGCGUCGUGGUUGGCGGCCAUUCAAGCUGGCCAGAGUGCUUCAUUGCAACACCAAUCAUUCUUCCCGAGGCUUAUCGUUCUCCCCCGCAAAAGGUAUACUCCUCAGCCUCGUGAGCAAGGCUUUCCCCUCCAAUCUCGUAUUCGAACAUCAGUAGCGUCGCGCUAUACUGCAGGGAACAUCGGCCCUCAUGCGUACUUCCCUCAAGUUCCUGGUCGAGGCUCUGUGGCUCGUGCUGCUACCUGUCCCC